AUGCUUUCAGAUGAAAAGAUCGACCACAAAACCCCUUCCAAAAAACCAGAGGAAAGUAUAUUGCAUAUAGAUGUUGUAAGAUCAGAGGAAUACUUAGCCACUGAUGAUAUGUUUGUGGACUACUUUAAUGAAUUUUUGAGUCUUCUGACUUUUGCCCAGCCAAUUAAGUUUAACUCUGACUUCGGAGUUUUUGAAGUAGUUAAUGAUGCUCCACAACGCCUGGAAAGCCAGCUGAAAAAAAUUCUGCGUGAUGAGAAACCUCCAAACCCCAUUUAUGAUGUUGUAAGGAAAGCAAAGAAUGUCAGGCAGCUAUCCAAAAUGUGCAGUGCUUCUCCAACCUUCAAUAUUGAUCCAAAUUACACCACUAUGUGUCUCGAUCGAGAAAAAGCAAUUCAGUGGAUUAAGAAAGAAAGGCUUCCAGCAUUUCUAGAAAGCGACUGUUACUUUGAAUACAGGCUAGCUAAAUUGAUGUCACAGGUAGAAUGGAGCCAGACUGGCAUUAACUUCAUUAUAGAUAGUGACUACUAUCCCUGGAUAAGGAAGCAAGACCCAGGUCCUCCACCUCCUGAGGAGGAUGACACUUCCGUUAUUAUGAAGAAGUUCUACAUAACGCUUGGGCAGGCUACAGUUUCUCAGACGAAGGAUUGGUUUACGUUAGCAAAAAUAAAUGAAUCCACAAAAACUAGAGAUUCAUUUAUGCGUCCUGUAGCUUCUAGCCAAAUUCAAGAAACUCAGUAUUUGCCUGGGCAGCAUGAAAAACAUUAUUCAUUAAGUGAAGAAGAUAGUCUUCCGGGUAAAGCAUCAGCAAAAAAUGAUACCACUGGGGAGAGAUCCAGAGAAGCUGAGGAAGGUCCUUCUGUGGCCAUUGCUGAUCCUUCUUCCCAUACUCAGUUAAGAGUUUAUCUAGACCCAAAAUGGGACAGUGCAGCAAAAGAAGAAAUUGAACAGGAAAGUACAUCUUUUCAGACACCAGAAGAAUUCAUACCAGCUUAUACUCAAUUUGCAAAGAAGGAACCCAUUUCAGAACUGACCCACCAGCCAGCUGCUGACAUUGAGAGCUUGGACUCCAAGGAAGAUGCAAGAAAACAAGAUACUGAAGAAGUAAGCCUAGGAUCAAGUUCUGAAAGUAAUGGGACAGACAGUAGGGCUUAUGUCACUGGGAACAGACAUGAGUUUGAAAGAUUCAAGAAGUUCAUUAAAGGAACACUUGGGGAGAGAUACUGGUGUCUCUGGAUGGAUAUUGAAAGACUGAAGGCUCAUAAGGACACUACAAGGCAGCAAAGACAACUCAGUAAGAUGAAAAUACUGUAUCUGCUGAGCAGCGGAGACUAUUUCCUCAGUUCAGAAGUGUUACUCAGACUUGAUCUAUGGCAUGGAGAUAAGUGGAAUAUAACGCAUUUAAAACAGAUCCAGCCUGAAGUGGUGAAACCUCUACUUCUUUACUGGGGUCCCAGGUUCUGGGUCACUCACUCAACAGCAAUAGACAAUGCCAUUGCAAAACUGAAGCUCUGGCACACAAGUCUAGUGCGACCAAGGGUGGACGUUGAUCCUUUUCCACAAAUUGUUUCAUUGCUACCAUUGACACCUAAGUCUUACAGGCCCAGGAUGCUGCCUUCCUUUCCUCAGGGAAAAAGCGAUGCUGGCAGUGUUUUCUUAGGAGGAUCAAGAAUGGAAAGCAUGCUGCAGUUUCUUUAUUUGGAGAACAGAGCAGGCUACUACUUCACAGACUUCUGUGAGAAGUCAGGGAAUGAGUUGUGGAAGAACAGUGCGUACUUUUGGUUUGACCUACAGGCUUAUCAUCAGCUUUUCUUUCAAGAAACUCUUCAUCCAUUUGAAAUACGCAAGCAAGCUCAAUUCCUUUUUGCAACUUACCUAGCCCCAUCUGCUCCUAUGGACAUUGGACUUCAUCAGAGUAAGAAAUACAUGAUUUAUCAGAAAAUCAACCCAGCUUUUGAGGAUCUUUUUGACUCAGCAGAAGAAUAUAUCCUCUCUGUUCUGCUAGAACCAUGGAUGAAGAUGGUGGAAGCAGAAGAAUAUACUUAUGGAAAGGUGGAGUUGGUGGAAGAAACUCGACAGCUGGACUCCGUGUACUUUAGAAAGCUCCAGGCUUUGCAUCGAAAGAGUGGUUCCAAGAAGGAUGAGAGUGCUGUUGCUGACACUGGUCUACCAUCCUGCCUUGAUGCUCUCAUAGAGGAUCAGCACUUGUAUCAAGUUCCCAAAGGAUUGCCAGGUCCUAAUCUAUCUGACCUGAUCCACAACAAAAAGAAGUUAGAACAGUUCUGGGGUUUUCUUAAUGAGCAUUCUGCUGGCAUGGAUCUCAUGUGCUGGCUAGAUAUUGAACAGUUCAGAAAGAUGCUGCACAAGGAUAAAGAAAAAAGGGAGGAAAAAUCUAAGGACAUUAAGAACAAGUAUUUAAACAAAAAAUACUUCUUUGGACCCAACAGCCCAGCUACCAGAGAACAACAAGAACAGCUAAUGCAUUCAAGUGGAGGAUGGGGACAAAUCCUUCAUGAUCGACUUUCAGCAGCGGUUCUGCUAGAAAUUCAGCAGUGCGUCCAGAAGAGAUUAGAAAAACAAUGGCUGCCAUUGUUCCUGGCAGAUGAACACUGUGGGGCGGAGGGACAAGCGAAGACAACAGACCUAACUGAAGAUCUUUCACACCUAAACCAGCAGAGGACAACCAGGAUGUGGAAGCAUGUGGACAAUAAGUGGGUUUCUUCAUCUAGUGAAGUAAUUGCUUUCCGUAAAGCGCUGUUGGAUCCGGUGACAGCAAAUCAAUUUCGUCUCUUUGUGUCACUGAAAGGAGACCUACUGGAGAACGGAGUGCUCUUUUGGCAAGAGGUACAGAAGUAUAAGGACUUGUGCCAUUCUCAUUGUGAUGAUGCCACAGUUCAGAAAAAGAUCACAGCUAUUAUCGACCGCUUUAUUAAUUCUGCUGUACCCCCAACAUUGCAGAUUGACAUCCCAACUGAACAAGCAGAUAAGAUUUUGGAAAACAGGAAAGACCUAGGACCUUACAUUUUUAGAGAGGCACAAAUGACCAUUUUUGCUCUUCUGUUUAAAUUCUGGCCAAAAUUUUGUAAGUUUCAAGCGAGUUUGGUUAGUGACCAGAUUCUAACUGCAUUGGAGACAAAAAAGGGAAAAAUGAUGCUAAGGAUGGAAGACCAAACAGCAGAGGGUAAAGAAGUGGGAACAAAACUCAUCAGUCUGUCAAGCAGUGCUUUUGCCAAUGAGUUUGGUGUGGAAAGAGGACCAGCAUCAUUUUCAGAUGGAUAUGGAUGGCAGGCUUCCUGGUCCUAUUCCAAAUACACAGAAGCCUUGGCGCGUGAGAGAGUACUCCUUAAAAAGCAAGAAGAUCAGAAGAAAAGCUCAUCAUCAUUCCUUACAGGAUCCUCUGGUGGUCGUCAGCAGCACUCUCUGGUGUCACCUGGCCACUCUGCUGAUGGG